AUCAGUUCGGAGCUCCACGAUAGGCUCGUCUAUUACUCUGAAUGGGCUACGGCAGCAUAUUGUUCUCCGCAACAGGGCGAGACUGGGGGGAAAGUGUCCUGCCAAACUUCUAAGACAUGUGUGGUCGCCCCAGUGAGUCUUAAAACUCUAACGUGCUGGUUUAGCAUUGGCAACAAUUCAGCCACCGGCUUUGUCGCCGCCGACCAUACCACGAAGAACAUUAUCAUCUCUAUGCGCGGAUCCGUAGCCUUGGCCAAUUGGGUAGCCGACCUUAAAUUUUUCCAAACGGAGUGUGUUGACGGAUCAGUCGUCAUAGGACCGGGCUUUUGCAAUAUUGGAUUCUUGGGGUUCUGGCAGCAAUCUAGGGAAGCCGCAGAGGAAGGUCUUGCGCAGGGAUUGCAGGAAAACCCAAGUUAUAAUAUCGUCAUCACCGGCCAUAGUCUGGGAGCAGCGGCUGCCGUGUAUGGAGCCAGUUAUCUCCGCCAGAAUGCCCAGUAUAAGGACAAGAUAUUUUCGUACGGGCAGCCUCGAGCUGGAGAUGAAGCAUUUUCAAAAUUUGUCACUGCACAAGGGAAUAAUUAUCGCGUCACCCACACUAGCGAUGCCGUCCCAAAGCUGCCUCCAGAGAGUGGAAUUCAGGGCACGCUUGGCUUUGAAACAUACAGCCACAUUGCUCCCGAGUACUACAUUUCGGACGGCUUGGGCAUGAACAUCAACAAUAUUCACGUCAUCGACAGCGGAUCUAGCAACGAGGGUAACGCUGGUACAGGCCAGUUGAAGUUCAAUAUUGUUGCACACAUCCAGUACUUCCAGAAC